AUGUCACGUAAGAGCUCGACUGAAUAUGUGCAUAAUCAGGAGGAUGCUGAUAUCGAAGUAUUUGAAUCAGAAUACCGCACAUAUAGGGAAUCUGAGGCGGCAGAAAACAGAGACGGACUUCACAAUGGUGAUGAGGAAAAUUGGAAGGUUAAUAGUAGUAAGCAGAAAUUUGGGGUAACGAAAAAUGAGCUAUCAGAUGUCCUGUACGAUUCCAUUCCAGCGUAUGAAGAGAGCACAGUCACUUUGAAGGAGUACUAUGAUCAUUCUAUCAAAAACAAUCUAACUGCGAAAUCGGCAGGAAGUUACCUCGUAUCUCUUUUUCCUAUUAUAAAAUGGUUUCCUCAUUAUAACUUUACGUGGGGCUAUGCUGAUUUAGUGGCAGGAAUUACAGUUGGCUGCGUACUCGUGCCCCAAUCUAUGUCAUACGCACAAAUCGCUAGUUUAUCUCCUGAAUAUGGUUUGUAUUCCUCCUUUAUUGGUGCGUUUAUAUAUUCUUUGUUUGCCACAUCGAAAGAUGUUUGUAUUGGUCCGGUCGCUGUAAUGUCACUACAAACUGCCAAAGUCAUUGCUGAAGUUCUAAAAAAAUAUCCCGAAGACCAGACAGAAGUUACAGCUCCUAUCAUUGCAACUACCCUUUGUUUGCUUUGUGGGAUUGUCGCCACUGGGUUGGGUAUACUGCGUUUAGGCUUUUUAGUGGAACUUAUUUCUCUAAAUGCUGUUGCUGGCUUCAUGACCGGUUCCGCAUUUAACAUCAUCUGGGGUCAAAUUCCGGCUCUCAUGGGAUACAACUCAUUAGUGAAUACCAGAGAAGCAACGUAUAAGGUUGUAAUUAACACUCUGAAACAUUUACCAAACACAAAGUUAGACGCCGUUUUUGGCUUGAUUCCGUUGGUAAUCCUCUAUGUAUGGAAAUGGUGGUGUGGUACAUUUGGUAUAACUUUGGCAGAUAGAUAUUAUCGAAAUCAACCAAAGGUAGCAAAUAGACUGAAAUCCUUCUAUUUCUAUGCACAAGCUAUGAGAAAUGCCGUCGUCAUAGUAGUUUUUACUGCCAUAUCGUGGAGCAUAACAAGAAACAAAUCUUCAAAAGACCGUCCAAUCAGUAUUCUGGGUACAGUUCCCUCGGGCUUAAAUGAGGUGGGAGUUAUGAAAAUCCCAGACGGUCUGCUAUCUAAUAUGAGUUCAGAAAUACCUGCUUCAAUUAUCGUUCUGGUGUUAGAACACAUCGCUAUUUCAAAAUCCUUUGGUAGAAUUAACGACUACAAGGUUGUCCCUGACCAAGAACUUAUUGCGAUUGGUGUGACAAAUUUGAUAGGGACAUUUUUUCACUCAUAUCCAGCAACUGGGUCAUUUUCCAGAUCUGCUUUGAAAGCAAAAUGUAACGUGCGCACUCCGUUUUCUGGGGUAUUCACUGGCGGUUGCGUUCUAUUAGCACUUUAUUGUUUAACUGACGCCUUCUUUUUCAUUCCUAAAGCGACACUAUCGGCGGUUAUUAUUCAUGCUGUUUCUGAUUUGCUGACUUCUUACAAAACCACCUGGACCUUCUGGAAGACCAACCCGUUAGAUUGUAUCUCAUUUAUCGUUACAGUGUUCAUCACAGUAUUUUCAUCCAUUGAAAAUGGUAUAUAUUUUGCAAUGUGUUGGUCAUGUGCAAUGUUACUAUUGAAACAGGCUUUCCCUGCUGGUAAAUUCCUUGGUCGUGUUGAGGUGGCAGAAGUAUUGAACCCAACAGUACAAGAGGAUAUUGAUGCUGUGAUAUCAUCUAAUGAAUUACCUAAUGAACUGAAUAAACAGGUUAAGUCUACUGUUGAGGUUUUACCAGCCCCAGAGUAUAAGUUUAGCGUAAAGUGGGUUCCGUUCGAUCAUGGAUACUCAAGAGAAUUGAAUAUCAAUACCACAGUUCGGCCUCCUCCACCAGGUGUCAUAGUCUAUCGUUUGGGUGAUAGCUUUACUUACGUGAACUGCUCAAGGCAUUAUGACAUUAUAUUUGAUCGUAUUAAGGAAGAAACAAGGCGAGGCCAACUUAUAACCUUAAGGAAAAAGUCAGACCGUCCAUGGAAUGAUCCUGGUGAAUGGAAAAUGCCAGAUUCUUUGAAAUCACUAUUUAAAUUUAAACGUCAUUCAGCAACAACGAAUAGUGACCUACCGAUAUCGAAUGGAAGCAGUAACGGAGAAACAUAUGAAAAGCCGCUACUGAAAGUCGUCUGCCUGGAUUUUUCCCAAGUUGCUCAAGUGGAUUCAACCGCUGUUCAAAGCCUGGUUGAUCUGAGAAAAGCUGUGAAUAGGUAUGCGGAUAGACAAGUCGAAUUCCAUUUUGCCGGAAUUAUAUCUCCAUGGAUCAAAAGAAGUCUUUUGAGUGUUAAAUUCGGAACUACAAAUGAGGAAUAUAGUGACGACUCUAUUAUCGCUGGCCAUUCUAGUUUUCACGUUGCAAAAGUUUUGAAGGAUGAUGUGGAUUAUACUGAUGAAGACAGCCGUAUAAGCACAUCUUACAGUAACUAUGAAACAUUAUGUGCUGCAACUGGGACAAAUUUACCGUUUUUUCAUAUCGAUAUACCCGAUUUUUCUAAAUGGGACGUUUAG